UGAGAUUUGGGAGUCCUGUUGCCUCGACUUCGAAGGUCCUCUCACUCUCUCUCUCUCUCUCUGAACGACAGUCCGAAAUAUGCUGUCCCCAAACCAGAAAUUCAAAGCUUUGUCUUCCGAGGAAGAUAGUUCGAGCAACAAUACCCAGCCCUCCAAUUUCUUCGAUAUCUACGGACCUCAAAGUAAGGCAGAAAUUGUUUUCAAGAAGCCAGAAGCUAAUUCAACUUUGAAUCUUGAAGAUGUUCAAGGGCUUGUAACUUGGGUGCUUGCUGAAGGAUUCAUGCCAUCAUGGGUUUUCAUUAAGAACAAGCCUCUUAUUCCAAAAGUGGUUAUGCUAUAUGUCCCGGGCCUGGACGCAGCUUUGUACUUAUCAGAGUCUAAAAUACUUUCUAGUUUCAAAGAAUGCUGCGGCAAUCCGAGGGCCGUUUUAGCUCUUAGCUGUGUAUCAGAUGGAAUGCAGACAAUAGAUGCCCUUCUAACAUGCAAGCGGAAAAGAAAGAGAGAUGAAAGUAAUUCAGUGUUAAGGAAAUCUAAUCUGGCAUCUGAACAAGAACGAUGUGUUACCAUUGCAGAUAUGCCAUCCCGUGUGGAACUUAUGAAAGACCUACCUUUCCCUGUUACAUAUUAUACCCUUACAGUGAAAGAACUAGAAGACAAUGGAUAUUGUCUCAAUCAGCCAGGUUUUCUUUCUACUCUUCCCGCUCCUUUAGGAUCUUCAUUCUAUGAAAUGCUAGCACUUGAUUGCGAGAUGUGUAUCACAAGUGAGGGUUUUGAGCUUACAAGGGUGACCUUGGUGGAUAUAAAAGGAGAGGUUGUGCUAGAUAAAUUGGUUAAACCAUCAAACGCUAUCAUUGACUACAACACCAGGUUUAGUGGAAUCACAUGUGAGAUGUUAAUUGGGGUCACUACAAGUCUCAAGGAAAUUCAGGAAGUUUUGCUAAAGCUGGUUUACAAGGAGACCAUCCUAGUUGGGCAUUCCUUGGAGAAUGAUUUGUUAGCACUAAAGAUCUCUCAUGAUUUGGUAAUUGAUACCGCAGUAUUAUACAAGCACCCCCGUGGUUCAUCUCACAAAACUGCUCUGAGAGUUCUUGCCAGGAGAUAUCUGUCUCAGGAGAUACAACAGUCAGGCAAUGGUCAUGACAGUAUUGAAGAUGCAAGAGCUACUAUGGAACUAGCACUCUUAAAGAUUCGACAUGGGCCUGAAUUUGGUUCACCUCCAUCAUACAUGAGGGAAAAGCUCCUUACAGUUUUGAGUCAGUCUGGCAAAACCUCUUCUUUCAUUGAUGAUAUCUCUAUAGUGAAGCGAUAUUCCUCUGGGUCAUCCCAUGCCAUUCCUGUGUGCUCUGAUGAUGCAGCUCUGGCAAAGUCCACAAAGGAGGUGAAGAAUGAACAGGUACACUUUGUCUGGACUCGAUUCUCAGAACUGAAUUCCUAUUUCAGAAAACAAGCAGAGGAUGUAGAGAAAUUGAAUGGAAGACUUGCAGAGAUGAUGUCAUUGCUUACAUGUCGUAAGAAGUCUGCUAACAGAAAAGGCAUCAAAUGCAGCGUCACGCCUGAGCUAAAGGAAAUACUAACUCUCAUGGAUGCUAGAAUACGUAGCCUUUAUAAUGCAUUACCCACUAAUGCCAUGCUUAUAAUUUGCACUGGCCAUGGAGACACAGCAAUUGUCCAUAGGUUGAGGAAAAUGCUUGCAGAGCGGGGUGAAACCAGUAUCUGCCGCGAGAAGCUAGUAAAGGUCUUGGAAGAGCUCCAGGCCCAAGCUGAGGUGGCUCUGUGUUUUGUAGGUGUAAAGCAUUGAGUAUAAAAAUAUGCAUGUCUUAAUUAUUCUCAUUAUCUUGUAAUUUUAGUGGGAUCAUUUGCUAUAGCAACGACGUCCUCAAAAUUUUGAUAGAAAUAGGCACCAACACGAUUGUUGGGAAAAAACAAAAAAAAAAGGUUGUAA